GCGGGGAUUGGUCCGCGCGCUCGUACAUUUCAGCUCUUUGCACUGCGCGGCUUCCUUUCUCCGACCACCUGCUCGUUGCGCCGGCACGGAGAUUUCUUGCGGCACUCCCUCCACCUUCUCCGUCUACAGGGCUGGAAAAAGGGCUGGACCGUCCCGUCUCCAGCCCUCGCCAGGACCCCGCGUCGCGCCGCUGAGCCGUCGCAGGGCAAGAUGAGCGCGGACGCGGCGGCCGGGGCGCCCCUGCCCCGGCUCUGCUGCCUGGAGAAGGGUCCGAAUGGCUACGGCUUCCAUCUGCACGGCGAAAAGGGCAAGGUGGGCCAGUUCAUCCGACUGGUGGAGCCCGGCUCGCCGGCCGAGCGGGCGGGGCUGCUGGCCGGAGACCGGCUGGUGGAAGUGAACGGCGAGAACGUAGAGAAGGAGACCCACCAGCAGGUGGUGAGCCGCAUCCGCGCAGCGCUCAACGCUGUGCGUUUGCUGGUAGUCGACCCCGAGACGGACGAGCGGCUGCAGAAGCUGGGCGUCCAGAUUCGGGAGGAGCUGCUCCACGCCCAGCCAGGGCCCGGGCAGGCCGAGCCCCCGGCCGCCGCCGAGGCACAGAAGAAGUCUGUCGGCGAAAAUGAGCCGCAGGCCGCCGCGCCGGAACCCCGUGAGUCCGAGAAGAGCCAACCCGAGCGGCGUGAGCUUCGGCCUCGGCUCUGCACCAUGAAGAAGGGUCCCAAUGGCUAUGGCUUCAACCUGCACAGCGACAAGUCUAAGCCAGGCCAGUUCAUCCGGUCAGUGGACCCGGACUCGCCCGCCGAGGCCUCGGGGCUCCAGGCCCAGGACCGUAUCGUAGAGGUCAAUGGGGUCUGCAUGGAGGGCAAGCAGCACGGGGAUGUGGUGUCCGCCAUCAAGGCUGGCGGUGACGCGACCAAGCUGCUGGUGGUGGACAAGGAGACGGAUGAGUUCUUCAAGAAAUGCAAAGUGAUCCCGUCUCAUGAGCAUCUGAAUGGUCCCUUGCCUGAGCCCUUUACCAAUGGGGAGAUCCAGAAGGAGAACAGCCGUGAAGCCCUGGACAAGGUGGCCUCCGAGAACCCCAGGCCAGCCCUGGCACGCUCCACCUCCAGUGAUACCAGUGAGGAGCUGAACUCCCAAGACAGCCCCAAGAAGCAGGACUCCACGGCACCCUCAUCUACCUCCUCCUCCUCCGACCCCAUCCCGGACUUCAACAUCUCCCUGGCUGUGGCCAAAGAGAGGGCCCACCAGAAGCGCAGCAACAAACGAGCCCCGCAGAUGGACUGGAGCAAGAAAAACGAACUCUUCAGCAACCUCUGAGCGCCUCCACAGCCACCCAGGAAGCUGGAAGGGCUGGGCCCACCCCUCUCCCUCCUCCCCACUGCCCUCAAUGACAAACAAAUCAGCACCAGCAUCUCCCCUCUUGGCAAAUCUGAUUCUUCUAGAGAACUGUGUUCCUCCCUUACCACAGGGAAAGUGAAUGUUCUCCUGCCCUGCCCAAUCAAAAAGCAGACUGUCCCCCUCCUUUUCCUGAGUGCUUCAGCCUACCACGUGUCCCCUAGCCACCCCAGCUGGGACAUCACUGGGACCUGCACCAAGCAAGGAUCCAGGGACCAGGCGAGAGGUCAUGACUCCAAGUGAUGACUAGGGUUGAUCAAAGACUGGGAUUGUAGCAGCCACAGCAUCCCCAGAACUGUGGGUUGGGCAUCUUUGUUCAUUUGAUUUUUUGUGAGUGCGGUAUCAGAGUAGAGGGAUUUUUUGUCUCCUGAUUAACAUGAUUUUCCAGGGUAUUGCAUCCAGGACACAGCAGCAGCCUCAGCCUUAAACUUUGUUGUCUCUACUCCUACUGCAGAAACCCUGGCAGGUGGGGAGGGGCUGGCCACGCCCUGCCCAGCCCUGAGCCAGGCACCACCAUUGUAAGGAAACUCCGUCCAAAAUUCAACUGGUUUCUCCAAACCGC